UGGCUAAAGUCAGACACUCUUGCGCUUUUUUUCUGUUUUAGAUGUUCAAAGCAUGUGUGUAUCUUGUUGCCAUAUUCUAUGCUUUGAACUUCCGGAUGACUCGUGGAGGAGAAUCUUGUAAUGGGGUGUCGUAUGACGUCAUUGCGAGCGACGAAAAUUGAAGCAGGCGUUCCCGUCGCGCUCCUCACUUGUGGGCACACAGUAAUCAGAAGCCGUGAAACGAGUUGUGCAGGUUUUUUGAAGUGUCAUAUCAUCUACAGGCAAAAAAAGUAAGAAAGAAGCAGCUGUCAUUUACUGUAACGCCACGAUGAAUGUGAAAGAAGAGAAAUGUGAAGCUGACAUAAACACCUUGGAGAUAAUGACUGUAAAUAUUAAGGAGGAGGAGCACUGUGAAUGGGAUUCUGUCCCUCAUGAACAGAAGGGCCUUUGCCUUAAGGAUGAGGAUUAUGAGCUGGUGACUGUGGGCAUUAAAGCAGAGGUCGAGGACACACCUGUUAUCAUUGACACACACCACCAUAAAAGUGUGGAGCAUCUCGAUCUCAAGGUCAGGUCUGAGUCAUUACAGUCUGACACAAAGAGGAUUGAGGAGAUUUCAUCUGUUAGAACUUGGGAGGAUCAUUCACUACCUUCAAGUCAGUCUGGAGAAAGAGACAAACUUCACUGCUGUUCUGAAUGUGGCAAACAAUUUUCCCAUUUAAGCAAUCUUCGGAGUCACACACGAAUACACACUGGAGAGAAGCCAUACUGCUGUACUGAAUGUGGGAAACGAUUUUCACAAAUUGCCCAUCUUCAGAGACACACAAGAAUUCACACUGGAGAGAAGCCAUAUCGCUGUUCAGAAUGUGGCAAACAAUUCUCAAGAAUCGCCCAUCUCCAGACGCACACAAGAAUUCACACUGGAGAGAAGCCGUAUUGCUGUUCAGAAUGUGGCAAAAGAUUUUCGCGAAUCACUCACCUUCAAACACAUACAAAAACUCAUACAGGAGAGAAGCCAUAUUGUUGUUCUGAAUGUGGAAAGCAAUUUUCACAAUUAAGUGAUCUUCAGAGUCAUACAAAAGUUCACACUGGGGAAAAGCCAUAUUGCUGCAAUGAUUGUGGCAGACAGUUCAAACAUAUGAUCAGCCUUCAGACCCACAUACAGAUUCACACUGAAAAGAAGCCAUAUUCCUGUUCUGAAUGUGACAAACAGUUUUCUUACAGGCGUAGUCUUUUAACUCACUCAAGAAUUCAUGUAGGAGACAAACCUUAUUCUUGUUCUGAAUGUGGAAAGCAAUUCUCUAGCAACAGUUAUCUUCAAAUACACAAAAGAAGACACACUGGGGAAAAGCCAUUUUCUUGUUCUGAAUGUGGAAAACAAUUCUAUGACAACAGCCAUCUUCAGACACACAAACGAAUUCAUACUGGAGAGAAACCACAUUGCUGUUCAGAGUGUGGCAAACGAUUUUCACGAAUGGUCAAUCUUAAGACCCACAUAAGAAUUCAUACUGGAGAGAAGCCAUAUUCUUGUUCUGAAUGUGGAAAACAAUUCUAUGACAACAGCCAUCUUCACAGACAUAAAAAAAUUCACACUAAUCCUAGCCGUAUUGAACAGCGGCCUGCGCACAAGGUUGUUCAAGUCAAUAAUAGAAAAAGUCCGAUGGAUGUGAAAGAGGAGACAUGUGAGACUGAUAUAAAUACCAUGGCGAUAAUGACUGUAACUAUUAAGGAGGAGAACUGUGAAUGGGAGUCAUCCCACCCUAACCAGGAGAGUCGCUGCAUUAAGGAUGGUGACUGCAAACUGAGGUCAGUGAGUAUUAAAGCAGAGGCAGAAGAUAAGUCAGUCAGCAUUGAGACUCCCAACCAGACAAGUGUGAAGAGUGUCGAGGAAGACAACUUUCAAUAUGAAUGUCAAGAUGGAGUGGUGACUGGGUCAGUGUCUUCUGAAAGCAAGUGCUGUUCAUCUCUGGAGCCUUCUGUCAAGGUGAAGUCUGAAUUAUUACAGUGUGACACAAAGAAAAGUGAGGACAUUUCAUCUGUCAGAACUCGGGAAAAUCACCUACCAAAUAAAAAUAAGUCUGGAGAAAGAGACAAACCUCACAGCUGUUCUGAAUGUGGCAAACAGUUCUUUCGCAGGAGUAAUCUUUGCAGACACCAGAGAAUUCACACUGGAGAGAAGCCAUAUUGCUGUAGUUACUGUGGCAAACAAUUCUGUCAGAGAAGUACUCUUCAGAACCACACUAGAAUCCACACAGGAGAAAAGCCAUAUUUCUGUUCUCAGUGUGGCAAACAAUUUGGUAACAGGAGCACUCUUCAGAGUCACGAAAGAAUUCACACAGGAGAGAAACCAUAUUGCUGUAUGGAAUGUGGCAAACAAUUUUUUGAGAGGAGUACUCUUCAGAAACAUGCUAGAAUUCACACUGGAGAGAAGCCAUAUUGCUGCUCUGAAUGUGGGAAACAGUUUACGCAUAGGAGCGGACUUCGAAGCCACAAAAAAAUUCAUACGGGAGAAAAGCCUUAUUGCUGUUCACAAUGUGGUAAACAGUUCUCUGACAAGAGUACGCUUCAGAGACACAAUAGGGUUCAUACAGGAGAGAAGCCGUAUUCCUGUUCUGAAUGUGGCAAAGGGUUUUCUCGGAGAAGCAAUCUUCAGAGCCACAAAAGAAUUCACACAGGAGAAAAGCCCUAUUCUUGUUCUGAAUGUGGCAAACAAUUUGUGCAUAUGAGCAGUCUUAAGAGACACAAUACAGUUCACACAGAAGAGAAGGAAGAAGUCCUGAAGGAUACACUAAAGCGCCUAGACGCCCCGCCGCCGAUUCAUAGCCAGUAUAUUACAUCAAUAAGAAAGAAGCAGCUACCAAACACCAGGAUGGACGUGAAAGAGGAAACUUGUGAGGCCGACAUAAAUAACAUGGAGGUAAUAACUGUAACUGUUAAGGAGGAGGACUGUGAAUGGCAGCCUGUCCACCCUAAAGAGGAGAGUGUCUGCAUUAAGGAGGAAGAUUAUAAAAUGGUGACUGUAAACAUUAAGGAGGAGGCUGAGGAGACAUCUGUCAGCAUUGAGACACACAAACACAAAAGUGAAGAGUAUGUCAACCUCAUGGUGAAGUCUGAAUCAUUGCAGUCUAACACAGUUAGAAGUGAAGAAAUGUCAUCUGUUAGAACUCAGGAAGAUCAGCCACAUCCUUCAAAUCAGACUGGAGAAGGAGAGAAACUUCACUGCUGUUCUCAAUGUGGCAAGCUUUUUUUGAAAAUAAGCCACCUUCAGAGCCACGAAAAAAUUCACACAGGAGAGAGGCCAUUUUGUUGUCUGGAAUGUGGCAAAGAAUUCUGCGACAAGAGUACUCUUCAGAAACACACUAGAAUUCACACUGGAGAAAAGCCAUAUAGCUGUUCUGAAUGUGGCAAACAAUUCCGUUACAUGAGUACUCUUCAGAGCCACAAAAGAAUUCACACGGGAGAGAAGCCAUACUGCUGUUUGGAAUGUGGCAAAGGCUUUUCAAAAAACACUAGUCUACAGAGCCACAAAAAAAUUCAUACAGGAGAAAAGCCAUAUUGUUGUUCUGAAUGUGGCAAACAGUUUUCACAAAGUAGCCAUCUUCAGAGGCACAAAAAAAUUCACAUGGGAGAGAAACAGUAUUGCUGUUCCGAAUGUGGCAAGAAUUUUUUAAAAAGGAGCAGUCUUCAGAACCACAAAAAAAUUCACUUGGGAGUGAAGCCCUACCACUGUUCUGAAUGUGGUAAAUGUUUUAUGCGAAGGAGCCUGCUUCAGAGACACAAAAGAACUCAUACUGGAGAGAAGCCAUUUGGCUGUUCUGAAUGUGGGAAACAGUUUUCACAUAGGAGUGGCUUUCGGAGCCACAGAAAAAUUCAUACUGGAGAGAAGCCCUAUUGCUGCUCAGAAUGUGGUAAAUGCUUUUCAGAAAGUAGCCAUCUUCAAAAGCACAAAAGAAUUCAUACGGGAGAGAAGCCGUAUUGUUGCUCUGAAUGUGGCAAAGAGUUUUCACAAAAGAGCAGUCUUCAGAGCCACAAAAAAAUUCACAUUGGAGAGAAGCCUUAUUGCUGUUCUGAAUGUGGUAAAAAAUUUUUGACAAUGAGCAAUCUUAAGAGCCACAAAAAAAUUCACACUGGAGAGAAACCAUAUUGCUGUUCUGAAUGUGGUAGAUGUUUUGCGUAUGUUUAUAGUCUUAAGAGACACACCAUGGUUCACACAAGAGAGAAAAAGGAAGUCCUAAGUGGAGGAAAGAGUGAAAUACAACCUUCCUAACUGUUUAAGACUUGAUGAGUGCCUUCUACAUCAGUGGCAUUAUUAUCCAACAUCUAAAUCAAGUCUCACCAAGGUGAAGCUUCUCUUGUAGUGUUUAAAGGAGACAAAAAGGUAAUUCAUGCUGAGAAUAAAAAGAUGCUCCUCCUCUGCCUCGACAUUAGAGUAGGUGAUGAUACAGUGAUAGAGCAACAUCUUCAGAUGAAGAGGCUGCCUCCAAUGUUGUGACAGCUGAGGUGGUGAGUGUUGCUGCCUCACCGCACUGAACAAACACAACUUGAGCAAGAAAUUAACUACAAUAGUAGUCUGUUAAAAAUAAAGAGGUAAUUAUGCACUGUUACUUUUAUGCCACAAAUCCAGAAUUUCUGAGUAAAGGGUUUUGCCCAGAAUUGGAAUCCAGAAAAGUAAUCCCUGCAUCUAACUUAAAUAACUGGUGUAAACCGAAGACCUCAAAUUAGAAUAAUUAAAAAGAGAGAAAGCAAAUAGUAAAGUGUAAUUAGAAUACCCACAAAGAAUAGCAACUAGGAUAUAAACACCCAGGUAGGAAUGAAUUCAUUCCGGAAAAGAAUUUCCAGAAGGAACUGAUUCUCAAAUAAUGGUAUGCACACAACAAAGAGAGAAGUUUUAGAGAAGUUAAAAAUGGAAAGAACGGAAGUUCAUCAAGUUGAAGGCAAUGACAAAUGUCCUUCUUAAAGCCACGAGAAAUGACAGCACCCGAUGGAAGAGGAUCGACAAGAAAUAGAAAAUUCAAUAUGAACAUCAGCAGAAAGUCACCCAAACUCUAAAAGGAAAAAAGUAACUAAAUCGAACACCCCACCAUACCAGGAUAUGGCGGAGUGUUAAAUUUGUUAAUGAAACCUCUGCAGAUAAUGCUGUAGUGGCUCACCACAGGAAUGACAUUGCUACCUUCAACAUCACAGCAGACUAAAUCACCAAAAAAAAAUAGCAACAUCCCAUAAAUUGCCUCACCAUCAGGGCUGCGUCAUGUGGCCAAAAACGUUAUCACAAUAUCUUUUUUCCUGUAUUAUUAAUAUCAGUAAAUCAUUUUUGGAUGAUCAA